AUGUCUGAAUUAGGCGCCAAAUAUCAACACUUGCAAAAUGAGUUAGAAGAGUUUAUUCUAGCCAGACAAAAAUUAGAGACACAGCUACAAGAAAAUAAAAUUGUAAAUGAAGAGUUUGACCAAUUGGAAGAGGGCACACCUGUGUACAAGUUGACUGGCAAUGUCCUUUUACCGGUUGAACAAAGUGAAGCACGUGGUAACGUGGACAAGAGAUUAGAAUUCAUAGAAACAGAAAUUACAAGAUGCGAAAAGAACAUAAAGGACAAGCAGGGAGAACUGGAAAAGGUGAGAAGCGAGUUAAUUAAACUGAACAAUGCGGCUGCUGCCACUGGCCCAGGCAGGUGA